AUGAAGUUAGUGACUGCGAAUUUUUUAACUUGCGCCGUCAAGGGGUGCAAGACAUCAUCAGCGUCAUUUCCUCUCCACUUUCAUGAGGCUGAGCUUGAACUCGAGGAGCUUGACUUCCAACCAGAAUUCAUACGCAAUAUCAUUCCUCGCGUUGACUGGGAUGGACUGCGGGUGACUGCGAAUGAGCUUGGAUUCUCCAAUCUUCCCGAGAAGAAGCCCGAAGGGGAAGCCCUCAAUGACGAGCAGACAUUGAAGGAUCUGCACCGGUUGCUACUCGAGACACAUGUUAUCGAGGGAAAGUUGGUGUGCGGGAAUUGCGGUCAUGAAUAUAUGAUCAAAGAGGGAAUUGCGAACUUCCUUCUGCCAAGUCACUUGGGUUUGGGAUUUCCUGACCGCAUCUACGUGAUCGCUUGCUAACAGCCCAUUUAAUAGUCUGAAACCAUACUGCAUGGGGUGUGUCAUGUCAAGUUUUCCGCAGUUUGAGCUUAGGUGUAUUGCUCAAGGAACCGAGACCUUGAUGGUCAGCUCAUCUAAAGCGGCCUCUUUUUGAAGGAAUAGCUGCUGUGGCCUAACGGGUUCGAAAUUCUGGCUGUAUGACAUACGUCCAUAACAACAUGCAUUAACACUGUGGAAUAUAUCAUUGCUUUAUUUCUCAUACUCCCACAAUGAGUACCUGAGUGAUUCAAAAUUUAUUGUACAAGGCAUGUGUGGUUCCUUCUGAGUC